AUGUCCCAGAGUAAACUUGUCGACUUCUCAUUACCCUGCCGCAAGCUGCUAACGCCCUCAAACCAGCAGCUGUCCAAUGACCUCACGCAGAGGAGAAAAAGAGGCUGGAUCGUGAAAUCCAAUCGCAGCGCCAUUGCACUUGAGGGCAAAGAGCGAAAGGUUUCCGUUAGCCCCGCAGGCGACCGGUUCCGAUCGCCCCACGGCCUCCCGUCGAAGCUUGCCCACGGCCCCCAGGAGGCUCCUAAAUCCUCGGAUUCGCCAGCGCCUGGGGGCCGACACUGGGACGAGGGAGGCCGUGGCGCCCGCUUCUCGGGUCCAAUGGCUCCGCCUUCGGCUCUGCUCUCCGACCGGAGCAGGGGAAGGAGGCCGAGGGCCGUGCGCUUCGCGGACGUGGCCGUGUACUUCUCCCCCGAGGAGUGGGGGUGUCUGCGGCCCACGCAGCGAGCCCUGUACCGCGACGUGAUGCGGGAGACCUACGGCCACCUGGGCGCGCUCGGUUGUGCAGGUCCCAAACCAGCCCUCAUCGCCUGGUUGGAACGAAACACGGAAGAGUGGGAACUGGCCGCCCUGGAUCCGCAGGAGUGCCCGAGAGGGAUAGCAGCCCAGAGAAAAACCAGAGCCAGAAAGAAGAAUGAGGAAAAAGACGGACUCCCACCUAAGGAGGCGCCCCGGAAGGGGAAGCGAGGGCGCAAGCCCAGCAAACCUCGACUGAUCCCCAGGCAGACAUCCGGGGGCCCCAUCUGCACUGACUGCGGCUGCACCUUUCCUGACCACGUGGCCCUGGAGAGCCACAAGUGUGCCCAGAAUCUGAAAAAGCCUUACCCUUGCCCGGACUGUGGUCGCCGGUUUUCCUACCCGUCCCUGCUGGUCAGCCACCGGCGGGCUCACUCUGGCGAGUGCCCCUACGUCUGUGACCAGUGUGGCAAACGUUUCUCCCAGCGCAAGAACCUCUCCCAGCACCAGGUCAUCCACACGGGGGAGAAGCCCUACCACUGCCCUGACUGUGGCCGCUGUUUCCGUCGGAGCCGCUCCCUGGCCAACCACCGGACUACGCACACGGGCGAGAAACCCCACCAGUGCUCGAGCUGCGGGCGACGCUUCGCUUACCCGUCGCUGCUGGCCAUCCACCAGCGCACGCACACGGGCGAGAAGCCCUACACCUGCCUGGAAUGCAAUCGCCGCUUCCGCCAGCGCACCGCGCUCGUCAUCCACCAGCGCAUCCACACGGGCGAGAAGCCCUACCCGUGUCCCGAGUGCGAGCGGCGCUUCUCCUCGUCCUCGCGCCUGGUCAGCCACCGGCGGGUGCACUCGGGCGAGCGGCCCUAUGCCUGCGAGCACUGCGAGGCCCGCUUCUCCCAGCGCAGCACGCUGCUCCAGCACCAGCUCCUGCACACGGGCGAGAAGCCCUACCCCUGCCCGGACUGUGGACGUGCCUUCCGGCGGAGCGGCUCCCUGGCCAUUCACCGCAGCACACACACGGAGGAGAAGCUGUAUGCGUGUGACGACUGUGGCCGCCGCUUCGCCUACCCUUCGCUGCUGGCCAGUCACCAGCGCGUACACUCGGGCGAGCGGCCCUAUGCCUGUGACCUGUGCUCCAAGCGCUUCGCCCAGUGGAGCCACCUGGCUCAGCACCAGCUCCUGCACACCGGAGAGAAGCCCUUCCCUUGCCUUGAGUGUGGCCGAUGCUUCCGUCAGAGGUGGUCGCUGGCGGUGCACAAAUGCAGCCCCAAGGCCCAAAACUGUAGCCCUCGAUCUGCUGUAGCAGGGUCUAGCCACAAAGCUCUGGUCCAGGCUGACCAAACAGAGCGGCGUCUGCAGAUUCCCAUCUAUUUUGCAACUGUCAUUGACCUUAACCAUGUAUAUGGUUUCUACCUUCGUCACCCAAUCUGCAUUCGGAGGCAGGGCUGGGCGGAGCCCGCCCUGGGCGGCCUUGGCCGCAGACCACCAAAGCUGAAAUCUGGGAGCCGGGAGGUGGUGGUCCGGGGACCCCUGCUCGGAGCUGGGAAGCCCAUGGCACCGCCUCCAGCCCCGCUCCUGGCGCGGAGACCGGGGGAGACCAGGCGUGGUUGCAAGAAGCCAGGGGCCGUGUGCUUCGCGGACGUGGCCGUGUACUUCUCCCCCGAGGAGUGGGCGUGUCUGCGGCCCGCGCAGAGGGCCCUGUACCGGGACGUGAUGCGGGAGACCUACGGCCACCUGGGCACGCUCGGAUUCCCGGGCCCCAAACCAGCCCUCAUCUCUUGGAUGGAACAGGGGAGUGAGGCUUGGAGCCCCGCCGCCCAGGAUCCUGAGGAGAGGGAAAACCUGGGAGGAGCUCCAAGAGGAGAUAUCACAAAGGAGAAGGAGGAAAGGCCAGGAGCUGAGGGGUCCCGACAAACUCCUGAGAACCAGCUAAGGGAAGAGCACAACACUGCCUCUGCUCCCAACAAGACCGUGGUGCCAGCCCGGCCACCUCUGAAAGCUGCUUGGGACCAGACCACCAGUGCACAGACCUCGGGCCCUGCGCCCAGCACGGACGCUCAGGCCAGCCAGCGGCGCCACGUGUGCGUAGACUGUGGCCGUCGCUUCACCUACCCCUCACUGCUGGUCAGCCACCGGCGCAUGCACUCGGGGGAGCGGCCGUUCCCCUGCCCGGAGUGCGGCAUGCGCUUCAAGAGGAAGUUCGCCGUGGAAGCACACCAGUGGAUCCACCGCUCCUGCUCCGGGGGCCGGCGGGGCAGGAGGCCUGGCAUCCGGGCUGUGCCUCAGGCCCCGGUCAGAGGUGACCGGGACCCACCGGUGCUGUUCCGGCACUACCCAGACAUCUUUGAGGAGUGCGGGUGA